CCGCACGCCCUGGAUGCCUGGAUGCGCGCGACGCGCGUGUGUGAGACAGAGACCGGCGCCGCGCUGGUGUGCGUGAGUAGUGAGUAGUGCCGCGAUGACGCCGGGCCGGCUGCGCCUUGGGCUGCGCCGGCGUGCCCGGGCCGGCCCCCUCGUGGGGCUGGCGCUCGGCGUGCUGCUCGCGACCCUUGUGGAUACCAGCACCCAGUUCGACUUCACCAAGGCCAACUUCGAGGCGGCCUUCCAAGGCCGGUGCGGGCGGGAGAGCCCUUGCGAACAGCUGUGCUUCGAGCUCCACGACGGCAUGUUCGAGUGCGAGUGCCGGGACGGCUACGUCCUGCACCUCAACGGCUACGGCUGCCUCGUGACGCCGCCCACGCAGUACGCCGAGCCGGACGACGAGGACGAGGCCGAGCCGGCGGCCGGCGAGCAGGUGACGGACUACGAGUCCAUCCUCUACUCGAUGGGCGCCGAGAUGGUGGCCAACCAGGACGAGAGCGUGGUCGCCGCCGCCGCGCCCAACAUCACCGUCACGUCGUACGUGAUCACGCCGCCGCGCGUGCCGGACGCGUCCACGGCGCGGCCGGGUCCGUCGCCGACCCCGAGGACCACGACGGCGGCCCCCACGCCGGAGCCGCCGCGCGUGCAGUUCGUGCCGGUGCGGCCCGACGAGGAGAACGCCCUCGACGGCGUCCUGGUGGAGGCGUGCCCGCUGGACUGCGGCCCGGGCGGCGCCUGCAUCACCGAGACCACCGAGGCCGCCGAGACGGACGAGCGCCACCCGCAGCGCUGCCAGUGCCCGCUGGGCCGCGGCGGCGCCGCCUGCCAGGACGUGGUACAGCACUACCCGAGGGCCCGGUCCUGGAGUGACUCUACCCUGACGGCCCCUCUCGUCCUCCUGGUGGUUACAGAGGUGACGCUGCACUACCCGCGCUUCUCCGGGCGCGGCUGGCUGGCGUUCCCCGCGCUGCGCGCCGCCUACAAGCGCGUCUCCAUCCACGUCGAGUUCCGGCCCGAGGCCUGGGACGGCGUGCUGCUGCUGGCCGGCGAGCGGGACGACCUCACCGGGGACUACCUGGCCGUGGUCAUCAACAAGGGCUUCGCCGAGUUCAGGUUCGACUGCGGCUCGGGACAGGGGGUGGUCCGCUCCGACGAGACGGUGCUGCUGAACCAGUGGAACCGGCUGUCCGUGCACCGCCACCGCUGGGACGCCACGCUGAGGCUCAACAACGGCAAGAGGGUGGCGGGCCGCUCCAAGGGCCUGUUCUCGCGGAUCACCUUCCGCGAGCCGCUGUUCCUGGGCGGCGCGGGCAACACCACGGGGCUGGCGGGCAAGCUGCCCGCGGAGCGCGGCCUGCGAGGCUGCGUCCGCCACCUGGAGGUCAACGACCAGCUCUACGACUUCAGCGAGGACGCCAUGCAGGGCUUCGACGUGGCGGAGUGCAGCUCGGACCGGUGCAGCAAGGUGCCCUGCAUGCACGGCGGCAAGUGCGUGACGGCGGGCGAGCUCCACCUGCAGCAGGCCCAGCAGGCCCAGCAGGCCAACGCCAGCCUCGGGCAGCCCUCCGCGGUGUGCCUCUGCCCGCUGGGCUACUCCGGGGAGCUGUGUGAGACCAGGGUCGACCUCCUGGUCCCCUCGUUCAACGGGUCCAGCUUCCUGCGCUACCCGGGCCUCGGCGACACGGCGCUGUCGUGGCUCGACCUGCAGCUCACGCUCAAGCCCACGGCCGCCAACGGCCUCGUCAUGUACAACGGGCACCGCUCGGACGGCGUGGGCGACUUCAUGGCGCUCUACAUGGUGGACAGGCACAUCGAGUUCAGCUUCGACCUGGGCUCGGGGCCCGCCACCGUGCGGAGCUGGCGGCCGCUGUCGCUGGGCGAGUGGCACGACGUCCGGGUGUCGCGGACGGGCCGCCUGGCCGUGCUGCAGGUGGACGAGCACCCCCCCGCCCAGGUGGUGAGCCCCGGCGCCUUCCUGCAGCUGUCGCUGCCCCUCAGCCUGUACCUGGGCGGCGUGCCCGCCGUGCCCUCCUUCCACGCCGCCGCCACCAAGACCCGCGCCAAGGGCUCCUUCGUCGGCUGCAUCCAGAAGGUGCUGGUGAACGAGAAGCCCCUCCACCUGCUGGCCAGCGCCCUGGCCGGCGUCAACGUGGACAACUGCGCGCACCCGUGCGCGGCGCGGCCGUGCGGCGCGCAGGGCCAGUGCGUGCCGCAGCGGGACUACUUCAGCUGCCUGUGCCCCGGCAUGGCGGAGAGCCUGGAGCCGGGCCUGGAGUGCCCGACGCACGCCGAGGGCGCCGCCAAGGAGGCCGCCAAGGAGGCCGUCAAGGCCGCCGCCAAGGCCGUCGCCAGGGGCGCCGUCAAGAAGGCCGUCAAGGCUGCCCCCCACGACGUGGAGCCCAUGGCCGAGGUGGGCGCCACGGUGACGGCCACCACGACCCCCGCCGCCCCGAAGCACCCCGACGAGCACCGCGACGAGCACCGCGUCUCUGCCGGCUUCAAGGCGGUCGGCUUCAUGCACUUCGUCGACGCCGACACCGUGCGCAGGUCGACCAGCGACCAGCUGCGCGUCAACCUCCGCCUGCGCACCACGGCCAGCUCGGGGCUGGUGCUGUGGACGGGCCGUCGGCGCGAGGACGACGACGAGGAGGUGCAGGCGGUGCACCAGCGCCACGGCGUGCACCCGUCCUUCGGCAACGACUUCCUGGCCCUGGCCGUGCAGGACGGCUUCGUGCACCUGCGGCUGGACCUCGGCUCGGGCGAGUUGUUCCUCGGCUACAACCUGACGAGGGUGGACGACGGCCAGUGGCACCGCGUCGUGGUGGUGCGGCGCGGCCAGGACGCCACCAUCAGCGUGGACAACGGGCCGGGGCUGGGCCGGACGGCGCCCGGCCGCCUGCGCCAGCUCAACACCAACACGGGCCUCUACGUCGGCGGCGUGCCGGACCCUGCGCGGUCGACGCGGGGCCGCUACUCCGCGGGGCUGGACGGCUGCGUCGCCGACCUGGUGCUCGACGAGGACCACGCCGUCCGCCUGGACUCGCCGUCGGGGGAGUCGGCCAACGUGGCGGCGUGCGGCUGA